AUACGGGCAGAAGUAGGGGCUGGUGUUUGUGUUUGUUUUUGGUACAUUGUAAAGAAUGGUCGAACAUUUCUUCCUGUACAUUUUAUCCGAUCAUAAAGCGAUUUAAGGGAAUACAGAAACGAACCGUAUUUGUAUUGUUUUAUAUGGAUUUACUGAAUUGCCGGUGAAUAUCUCUAAAACUUUGGCUUGUGUGCGGCAGGCCGAUCACCGUUUUUAUGCACUGCAUUGUUCUUAUUUAUAUAAUAUAAUAUUUCUUACGUGUAAAAUAUAUUUACUCCGUCAUAGUAGUUUAAUAUGAGCUUGAAUUAAGACAUUUAGCGAAGAAGCAAUCCGAAUAAGUAUUAUACCGUGUAACUAAUUGCUUUAAUAAUAUUCUAACAAGGUUGUUAUUUAUAAUGAGAUAUUUGAAUACAAUAUUGUGUCUGCAUUAGCUAAGAGAUUGGGCUGGAGGUUACCUCUGCAUUCUACUUGUUUUUAUGUAUUUAUUAAAAAGGGGUUAUAUGUAAUUAGAUUAGAAGAAUCUCACCGACAUUAAACAAAGCAUCUGUUCUCGCUAAUUCGGUGCAGCGUAUUUGUAGGUACUGUGUAUUUGACGAGUAGGCUAACAUGUAUGCGCCACCGGGAUCUGGACUGCAAGGAAGCCGGCGAAGGAGGGGGCCGGGUGGAAGCGCACUCCCAAAGCAGCCGGAGAGGAGCCUGGCGUCGGCGCUGCCCGGUGCCCUCUCCAUCACUGCGCUGUGUACGGCGCUGGCAGAGCCUGCUUGGCUGCGUGUUCACGGGGGAACAUGUCCUCGACAGGAGUUGGGGGUAGCUGAUGUCCUGGGAUACGUGGACACCAAACUGCUUGAAGAUUACUGUAUGAAUCCUCAAAUGAUCCUCCUGCUUCGUGUGAUUGCUGCCUUCUGUUUCCUGGGCAUCCUGUGCAGUCUCUGUGCCUUUCUGUUGGACGUCUUUGGGCCAAAACACCCGGCCCUCAAAAUCACCCGCCGGUAUGCCUUUGCCCACAUCCUGACAGUUCUGCAGUGUGCCACAGUGAUUGGGUUCUGUUACUGGGCCUCCGAGUUGAUCCUGUCCCUCCAGCAGCAGCAUAGGAUGUACCACGGCUCUCUCAUCUACGUCACCUUCGCCGUUAGCUUCUACCUGGUCGCGGGGGCUGGCGGAGCCUCCAUCCUGGCCACGGCUGCCAACCUGCUGCGGCACUACCCCACCGAGGAGGAGGAGCAGGCUCUGGAACUGCUUUCUGAGAUGGAGGAGAGCAGCGAGACCUACCCCGGGGACUACGACCUAGCCAACCAGUUCCAGCCGCCCCCCGCCUACACCCCCUAACUGCACCGGCAUGCCGAGGACACUGCGCACUCACAACACAAGGACAGUCGCCACAUGACCGACGGACAUCCAACUGCAUAUCCUGGCCUAUUGAUAGUGAUGUAUCAGUAAAACCAUUUAUUUUAGUGGUUCUCAGCUUUGGUCUCCCCUGAUGCUGGAUUCACACUAAACUAAACCCCUGUUGGGAAUGACAUGCAUUGCAUCCCAUUUUUGCUCCAAUUGAGGCCUAAAAGAAGCAUUUUUAUUAGCUUGGUAGAUGGCUUGUUUCCACAAGAUUAUCUAAAUCUGCCUGUCAGUACUGCAUUUCCUUGUUCACUGCAGAGGCAAGCAAUUCAGAACAUGAACAUUGGUCCCCAGGUCUUUUGAGCUACUGAAAUAAAUCUAUAAAAUAAUUAUUGAACUACUUUUUUAUUGCUAUUAUGUAUCUAGGAAAUUUGCCAAAAUGACUCUCCCCAAAAGUACGUAACGAUCUUGCCUUUGGUUACGUUGACAAGUAUAUGUCAGUAUUAUGAAAAAUAUCUCAAUUGGAGAGUGAAACUGGUUUGAGAUCUUCGUUUCCACAUGUUGUAGAAUGCUAUUUUGAUUGCUGAAGUUUACUAUUGAAAAUGAGUUAAUGUACUACAGCAAUUACUGUAGCAAAAUACUUAUCCCCUUUAAAUACUUAAGAACAUGUUUUCAUAGAGCUAAUGUGUUUUUUUUUUUUUUUUUUUUUUUUAUACCAGAUUCACUUGUAGAAUUUCCCAGGUUUAAACAAGUGGCACCCAUACACUGUUGCAGUGCUGUGCAGUUUUUCAAUCCCCUUUCUGUUGCCAUGACACCUCUAGGUGACACCCUUCAAUGUGGGUGCACUAAACACUCAAGACUGUGAUUCACCAGUGCCACUCUGCUCUAAGAGCACAAAUUGCACUGGGAACUAGUGAACAGGGCCUGGGAUUUCAUUGCUCAGCAUUGCUACUGUAGAUUCCCUGGUGGGAUUGAACUUUCUGUUCUGAUUUCCAAACAGUAUUCAUUCUCUAGUCUCUCUGCAUCUGGGCAGCAGUAAAGGGGGAACAAAUCUGAGAAAAGGCCCAAUAUUACAAAAUUGUUUUGUGAAACCAGCCAGUAGUCCUAAAGUCUACUAUAACUAUACAUUGUAACAAUAUAAAUAUUAUCUAUAAAGGAUACAUAUAAUUUAAUGAUACUUGGUGAGCAUUCAUAAAUACCCUCAUAACCUCGUCCCUCUGUCCCAAAAUGCUGCUUAAAGUCUGCAGUCCUUGGGAUGGACAGCGAAGGGCCACCUUUGUACUUCCUGUACAGAUUGCUGCCUAGUGCACAGCAAAUUAGUCCAAGCUCUGUCCACAUUCCCAACACCUUAAUGAGGUGAGGCUGCUUCUUUUGAGCUCUACCAUGGGAUGUUAACACUUAGCAGGACAUAUCAUCAGUCAGGCUGAGUUGCCAUGUAAAUUGUUUUUUUCAUAAGGUGAAACAUGGUGUUGCAGUAGAGGCUCUGUGUGCUUGUGGGGCAUUCAGUAGGCAUUACUGCAGACUAAGGGACUGAGCUGUUAACUUUGGGUUAAGACUUCACCAGCUUUUUUUUGGGCAAUCUAUCCGCAGAGCACUAGCUGUACUUUAAAUUGUCCGAACAAAUACAUGGAUUUGUUUAUUAUCAGUUUGCUACUGCUGUUCAAAAUCCCUUUGUUGUACCCUCAUCACUUUCCACAGCACAAGCUCUCUGUUUUAUAGUACUGUAUUUCCCAUGCAUGCUUUCAGCUAGCGAAAUCUGUAAUCAUCGCUUUUUAAUUUAAAGAAUGUGAUCUGAUUUGUAUGUUCUUUAUUAUUAUGAUUGUUGGUGUUAAUGCAAGUGUAAAUUGUGAGAUAUAACUUGAUUCUUGGGCAUAGUCAUAUCUGUACAGACUAAAUGUCACUUUGUUUUUUCUUACGUUUUUUGUUUUCACUGGUGAAGAAUAAAAAGUAAUAAAUUGCAGGAAUAAAUAUUCUCUCUUUUAGAUUUUUUUUUUUUUUUUGUAUGAUAUAGCCCAGUACAGUCAAACCCACUUUCUGUAAUCUCACUUAAUAUCACUCCUGUUAAUGACACCCUCUGCUUAUUCGCACCACACUGAAGUGGCCCAAACAGAAUACUCUUUUAAUAACCGCUUUUCAACCCCUCUGGGUAGUGUUGAACUGUUCCGACAAAUAAAGUAACUGUAGCAUACAGAACA